AUGGGCAAGCUCAAGCGCCCGGGGCGCGGAGGGGGGGGCGGGGGCGGGCGAGGGCGCGGGUACGGGCGCGACAGGGACGCCAUGCCGCCGCCGCCUCCGGGUGUGCUGAGCAAGCCCGCGCCGCCCAUGCUCCGCGAGAGCAAGAGCUCCAUUCGCCCGGCCUCGCGCCGCGCGUCCCCAGCGGUGGAGGUCAGCGCGGCCGCGGCAGGGGGCGCGCGGGAAGAGGAAUUUGCGCUUCUGCACGACGAGGGCGGUGGAGCGGAGUCGUUCGGGAUGUGGAUCAAACUGACGGACAAACUGACGGAGCUGCUGACGUCCGGCGACGAUGGCGUUGAGGCGAUGAUGAAGUUCGGACGGAACGGCAGUGGCCACGCCAUCAGGGUGGGCGGAGUGGAGUUCAAGUUCACGUCGCACAGCGAGCCCGACCCCGCGCUCUGCGACGUCUACCGCCUCCUGCCGCCCGGCGACGCGGCGGGCGGCGGUGCGGAGGGCGGGGAGCGGCGGGCGCUGGAGCACGUGGCGCAGGUGGCGCGGAAGCUGAGCGUGCAGCGACCACUGGACGAGCGCGAGAAGGAGAAGUGGCGCGACCUCACCAAGAGCACUCCUAAAGUCGCCAUGGCGUGUGCGUGGCGUGUGCGUGGUGUGUGCGUGGCGUGUGCGUGGUGUGUGCAUGGCGUGGGGCACGGCAGGCUGAAGCUGGUGGAUCUCAAGGGCAACAAGGCAGCCGCCCCCACCGUUGACGUGCACAGGGGUGCCGGGAGGGGCGCUGCGAGCUUGGGCGUGCAGAAGAAGCCAGGGCUCUUCAAGCGAUCUUCAGCCCCGCCCAUCCCCCCUCUGCCCAAGCAGCAGCAGCAGCGCCUGUCGCCCUUCAAUCGUGCCACCCCCCCCGCCAUCUCCCCGGACCUGUCGGUGGGGAGGGCGCUGGAGCCGCGGUCCGCCCACGCCACGCCCCCGCGCGCAGCCGCUCAUGCACCCGACGCACACAACCGUGCCGCAGUCGCCCUGCUGGGGGGCACGCCUGACAUGCCUCAGGCGCCCCAGGUGGCUGUGGUGCCCGCGGGCGAGCUGCGCGCGUUCCUGGUGGACAUCCUGGGGCGCAACCCCAAGGGCGUCAGCAAAACUGCGAUGGAGAGGGCAACGGGGCAUGAUUGGGCGCAGCUCGACAAAGUCGUCAGGCAGGUCAGUCCCUCCCUCCCCCACACGCAAUGGGGGGGUCAGUCCCUCCCUCCCCCACACCCACACGCAAUGGGGGGGUCAGUCCCUCCCUCCCCCACACGCAAUGGGGGGGUCAGUCCCUCCCUCCCCCACACGCAAUGGGGGGGUCAGUCCCUCCCCCCCCAACACGCAAUGGGGCGGUCAGUCCCUUCCCCACGUGCACUGCGUGACUCGGUAGAGAUUGCACCUGCCAGUCUAGUACCCCGCUCCGCUACAACAGCUGUCCGUGCACCCAUGCACUGCAGCUACAACAGCUGUCCGUGCACCCAUGCACUGCAGCUACAACAGCUGUCCGUGCACCCAUGCACUGCAGCUACAACAGCUGUCCGUGCACCCAUGCACUGCUCACAUAGCGAGGCUGCAUGCGCCGGGGUACUACCGCCUGCUGCCACACAUCAAGGAGGGCGCCCACGCCGCACACCCUGCAGCAGCAGCAGCCGCAGGGCGCUCGCCCAUACAGCGUCGCUCCACGUCCCCUCUGCCCUCACACUCUCCUCUACCCUCACACUCUCCUCUGCCCGGGCAUUCCCCCCUGCCAUCGCAUUCCACUCUGAGGACACCUCCUCUCUCCCCUCUAGCUGCUGCCUCCCCCCGCCCAUCCACGUCCCCCCUCCCAUCGGCAUCCCCCCGCCCCGCGUCCACGCCUCCAAGGCACUCCCCGUGAGAACCACCCCCUUGCUCCUCGCCCCUUUCCCUCUCUCCCCCCGGCCCUCCAUCGCUGCCCUGAAGCCUCUAUUGCCUUUGCCCUCCAUGCUCACCGCCCUGCUGCUCCUCACUCUCACCAUCUCUUGCCAUCGCGCCUUCCCUGCCCCAGGCGUGGAGGCGGCAGAGGGUGGGGGUGGCAGGGAGGCGGCGCGGGCGGGCAGGGUGCCGCUGCUGAACCUCAACGAGACGGGCUUCGACGACGACGAGGGCGGGGACGCACAUGGCCAUGGGCAUGGGGAUGGGGAGAAGGAGCAGGAGCAGGAAGAGGAGGAGGAGGAAGAGGAGGAGGAGGAAGAAGAGGAUGAGGAGUUGGUGGUGGAAGAGGAAGAGGUGGGGGACGAGGGGAAGGGGGAGGAGGAGGGCAGAGUGGUGGAGGGGGGGGUGAGCACAGCAGGGGAAGAGGCGGGAGAGAGGGGCUUAGGGGAGGGCACUGGGGAUGACGGGUGGAAUCACUCAAAGGGCGAAGGGGCAGGCGGGGAGGAGGGUGAGGAGAAGAAGGGGGAAGCGGGUGAGGAGGGAGGGGGGGAGGAGGAGGGGGGAGAGGAGGUGCGGCUGGAAGACUUGUUUGGGGAUGAGUCGCCCUCCCAUGGGGAAGGGGAAGAGGGGGAGGGAGGAGGGGGCGUUGGGGAGAGUGGAGGUUUGGAGGGCGAGGGACAGGUGAAAGGUGAGAGUAGCGAGGGUGGGAGUGGGAGUGAGAGCGAGAGUGAGAGUGGGAGUGGGAGUGGCAGUGGUAGUGAGAGUGGGAGCGGGAGUGAGAGCGAGGGGGAGGGUGAUGCUGGCAGCAGCAGCAGCGGCAGCAGCGGCAGUGCGAGUGAGAUUGACAUCGACAUUGACGAUGGGGACGGGGCGGACAGCGGCAGGGGCGGAGGCGAGGCGGAGAAGAGGGCGGAGGGCAAGGGGGCGAGGGCGCGGCACGAGGGGCGCGCUCACGGGCACGGGCAUGGGCGGGUGGAGAGGGAGGCGAGGGCAGCUCAAGAGGGGCAGGCAGACGCGAGCACUGGAGGAGAGGAGGCGGGUGGGCAGGGGGGGAGGGGGGGUGUGGGGGAAGAGGGGACCUGGGCGGAAGGGGGGGAGGGGGGACUUGGUGAAAAAGGGGAAGAUGGAGGGAAAGAGGUUGAUGGAAAGAAGGGAGUGGAAGAAGGGAAGGAGCUGCAGGAGGGGCAGGGGGAGGAGGAGGGGGAGAUGGUAGGAGAUGACGUGAGGAUAGAGAAUGAGGGGGAUGAGAAAGGCGGCGAGGGCGAGGAAAAAGAAGGUGGGAUGGGCGAAGGGAGAGCGGACAAGACUGAUUCUGAAACGCAAGGAGAGGGAGGAGAGGAGGGGGAGGAGGGGGAGUUGAAGGUGGAUGGCAGCGGGGAGAAGGGAGAUAGCAUUGAUGUGCAUGGUGAGAGGGAUGAGCCUGGAAAGGAAGGGAAGGGGGAGGACGGGACAAUUGGGGUGCAAAGGGAGGAAGGGAUUGAAGGGGAGGCAGAGGAGGCAUGGGCUGGAAAGGAAGCGAAGGCUAAGGCGACAGAGAGUGAGGAGCAAGACGAUGGGGCACUGAGGGAAGCAGAGGAGAAGGAGAGAGUGAGAAAGGCAGAGGAGGAGAGAGUGAGAAAAGCAGAAGAGGAGAGAGUGAGAAAGGCAGAAGAGGAGAGAGUGAGAAAGGCAGAAGAGGAGAGAGCAAGAAAGGCAGAAGAGGAGAGAGUGAGAAAGGCAGAAGAGGAGGAGAGAAUGAGAAAAGAGAAGCUUGAGGAGGAGAGGAAGAGAGUGAGAGAGGAUAAUGUUCGGCGGAUGAGGGAGAGGGAGGAGGCGGAGCGCGCGGCCAGGGAGGAGAGAAUGAGAGAGGAAGAGGUGCGGAGGGCGAAGGAGAAUACAGAGCGGAGGGCAGAACAAGAAAGGGAGGCGAAAGAAGGGGAGAAGGAAAAGCGAGAGAAAGAGAAAGCUGUGAUGGCGAGGGAGGAGAGGGAGAGGGAGAGGAGAGAGAAAGAGAAAGAUGAUAAGGAAAUGGCAGAGAGGCUUGGAAGGGAGAGAAGGGAAACAGAAGAGAGGGAAAGAAGGGAGGAGGAGAAAAGAGCGAAACAGGAAAAGGACAGGGAAGAGAGGGAAACGGAGAGGCGACAGGUAGAGAAGGAGCAGAGAGAGAUGCAGGAAAGGCAAGAAGAGGAGAGUAAGGCAAAGAAAAGGUUGCGUGUGAAGGGUGGGGAGGAUGAGGACGCGCGGGAGAAGGAGAAGGUGGGCGGUGCGAGGGAGGAGGUGGCACGGCACGGGGGGGAUGGGGAUGGGUUGGAGGAGGUGGGUGCAGGGCGAGGGGGCGACAAGGGGCCCCGUGGGCUGCUAAAGGGAUCUGGGCCGCUGGGGCGAGAGGGUGAAGGUGGCAGGGGUGAAGGCGGCAGGGGUGACGGCGGCAGGGGUGAAGGCGGCAGGGGUGACGGCGGCAGGGGUGAAGGCGGCAGGGGUGACGGCGGCAGGGGUGAAGGCGGCAGGGGUGAAGGGGUAGUAGUGGGGGUCGAAGUGAUGGAGGAGAGGGAGGUGGGGAAGGUGGAGAAGAGGAAGAAGGAGAAGAAAAGUAAAGCAGGCAGGGUGGGGGAGAAGAGGGAGAAGAGAAAGAGGCAGGAGGGCGGGCAGGAUGGGGCAGGGGAAGGCGGGCUGGCAGACAUGGGUGGUGGGAUGAAGCGCGGAGUGGGUGGCAGUGCUGACAAGCCCCAUGCUCACCCCGACUCCCCGCCUGCCUCAGAUGCCGCCGCGGCUGCUGUGGGGGGAUGGGCAGAGGGAGAGGAGAGUGGGAGGCAGGCGAGGCAGAAGCGGAGGUGGCAUGAGGAGGAAGCGGAGGAGGGGGGAGUGGCAGAGGGAGAGGAUGGCAGCGAUGAGGGGUGGGAGGGGCAUGACACGUCCUUGUAUGAGGCGUAUGAGAAGGACAAGCCCGAGCUGAAGGGGCCAAUCACAUCUCGCGACCAGUACGCUCUGUACCACGCGGAGUUCACAGACAAGUACGCCGUGUACCUGCGCCUGCACUGCAUCCUCGACGCCCAGCGGGAAGAAGCGGAGCGGAUAUUUACUGAAAUGGACGAGUGUGAGGAUGAGGAGGAGAAGGAGCGGUAUAAGCGGCGGAUAUAUGCCAUGUUCCACAGCAGGCACAAGCGCCUGCAUCAAAUGAAGGCCGUCUUUGCCCUCGUGCAGCAAGAGCUAGCGUCGAUCAAGGUGCAGGUGAAUGAAUACCUUCAGCAAAGCUGA